UAUUGUAUUUGGUUAUACCCUCAUUUCCCAGAAAGGGAUUGCUACUUUGUGAAAGUGUGGGAUGAAGAAUGAGAAGUGAAGAGUAGAGAAUAGAGAAUAGAGAAUAGAGAUGGAAGAAGAAAAAGCAGCGGCGUACUACGAAGAGUUGACCCGCAAGGGCGAGGGGGCCGCAAGAUUCAAACAAGGUCUCGGCUUUUCCUCUUCCGCAUCAAACGACGACGUUCCCAAACCCGGCUCCGCCCUCGCCUCCUCCUCCUCCUUUCUCUCCAAAUUCGUCAAAGCCUCCUCCACCGCUUCCCAAUCCGACAACCCACCGCAAGUUAAUGCUACCUCCGCUCCUUCCGAGCCGGAGAAGCAAGCGCAACUGCAAUCCAUUCACGACAAGCUCAAGAAGAAGCAUUCUUCCGAGCCUAGGGUUUCCAGCAGGGAGAGGGAUAGGGAUAGGAGUAGAAGACGAAGCAGGAGCAGAGACAGAUACAGGGAAUCGCGGAGGCGAAGCAAGAGUAGAGAGAGAUAUAGGUAUAGAGAUUCCGAAGGGGAUAGGGAGAGAGGGAGACGGAGAAGUCGAAGCAGAAGCGUUUCUCCUCGCAGACAGCGUAGGUCGGAGAAGGAGGCGAAUGAUAUAGGAAAAGCGGGUGAAGCGAGAAAGGGAAGGAAUGUUGGGACUGAUUAUUCCAACCUAAUUGAAGGUUAUGACCGUAUGUCAUCGGCUGAAAGAGUCAAAGCCAAGAUGAAGCUUCAGCUCUCUCAAACUGCUGCACAUGAUUCAGAAAAGGGCGUGGGAUGGGAGCGAUUUGAGUUUAACAAGGAUGCCCCUCUUGAUGAUGAAGAAAUUGAAGUCGCUGAAGAUGAUGCAUCCUUAGUCAAACACAUCGGCCAAAGUUUCAGAUUUUCUGCAGUUCAGGCUAGGAGGGAGGAACAAAUACAAGCUGCUCAUGAAGAAGCAAUGUUUGGUACUCCGGCUCUUCCACCUCCCACUAGUACAGAUAGUGAGCCUGAAAGGGAGAACGAGAAGGAGGUUGAUAAAAAAAAUAUGGUUACAAGCCUCUUAAGUGAAACAUUGCUGGCCAAGCCAAAGGGGUCUUGGCGUGAUCGGGUUCGGCAGGCUUAGAAUUUUCCCCUUAAAGUUGAUAUGAUGACAGAAAAGUUGGCCAAAAUGUCACAAGGAUUUGGCUUUUACCAUGUCUGCAAAAAUUUCAAUCUUGCACCUGGAUUUACUGUAAAAUUACUUUUAGUUUCUAUAUGGUGUGAGGUUGCUUUUAAGCAUAAUACCGGCAACUGCCAUCAUUUUCAAGUGUGUAAUGUUUUUUGUAGUGUGAGUUUGGUAGUGAAGUAUUUAGAGGGAGAGAUUGCAGGUGGAAGAAUGUUAAUACAUAGGCUUUACCUCUUAUGUGCAGUGUUCACCAUCUGCCUGUAUUCGGUGCCGACUCACUUUAUGUACAUUUUUAACAAUGACACCUUAGAUAGAUGAGCGAUGAUGCAACUUCAUUGGACGUG